GGACAACAAUGCGACCGGCGCUGCGCAUAUCCUCUGCUUUCACACGACGAAAUCUCCCUGCUUCCGCUGCCAGAACCACAGCCUCUCGAGCCUCAUGUCCACGGCCACGGCUCCAGACGCGCCGCAUCGCACACACCACUCGCCGCAACGACAAAGCAAAUACUUCUUCUCCAUAUCCCGGCUAUGAGAUCGAUGCCCUCGAUGCACCUCUCCAUGGCGAGCGUCAACAUGUCGACCGUCCAUACGCCGACCCUUCGCCGGAAGACCUCUAUCCUAUGACGGCAAAAGAGGUGGAGAAGCAAGAUGACGAAAACUCCACUCUGGCUCGAGCGAAGCGCGUCUUUGGCGAUCGCGAACGUGAUGCUCUAGAACGCAAACGCCUCAUGGAGAGCAAGUCUCGCAUGAUUGCUGGUGUGUUGAUCCCGCCCAAACCGGAGGAGCCCGAUAAUUGCUGCAUGUCCGGCUGCGUGAACUGCGUCUGGGAACGCUUUCGCGAGGAAUUGGAAGAGUAUGCUCUGAAGAUGAAGGAGGCCAAGACGGCUCAAAAUAUUCAGCGGCUGCAAGGACAGGCUACAGGCCUCAUGUCUGCAGAAUCAGACGCACCCAACCAUGUGGCGAUCAGUAUGGACGAUGAUGGAGGAGGCAGCGAGACGUUAUGGAACGACGCUAUCCCUGAGCAAGUUGCUGCAGUGAUAGAGGGAGGUGCUGGUGGGGUGGAGGAUGAUCCUUUUGCCGGUGUACCGAUUGGCAUCAGAGAAUUUAUGCGGACAGAAAAGAAACUGAAAGAGCUGCACAAGAAGAGAGGCGAAAAGAUGGAGACUGCACUCGACACUGAAUUGAGGCCUGCCGCUUGGAGCACUAGCACUCGCAGCACGACGAGCGCGAGUCCUCGAUGAGGUGUCGGCGAAGAGUCUUCUGUAGGAGCAGAAGCUGCCAUGCUCAUGCUAUGCCAUCUUCCCAGUGGCGUGCGAUUGGCCGCCAGCUCUACAUUGCAUCACAUCGAUCUCGCGCUCCUCCCUCGGCAGAUUUGGGAUUCCCGCAAUUCGGAUCCUGCUGGACGUGCUUUCGCUCCGGAACCAUAAUCGCCAAUUCGUUGACUGAUUUCUGUCUUGGUGGUCGCCUCUUGGCACCCUUCCACUGGGAGCAGUCUGGACAAUAAUUCUCGACACGAUUCUCGGAGCUCGACGGGUAUUUGCAGCGUUGACCAUUGGACCCAAUGUAUGCCAGGCAGUGCUCUUCAACUUCCAUGCUGUGGCCGCAGCUGUAGAUGGAGGUUUGGGUGCGACACAUGUUGCGAGUGUUGUGGCAGUGACGAUGGUGUGCGGUCGGUGUGGCGUGAUAUCAGACUGGCAACGCAAUGCAGUACAUCAAUAAGGGACGUCUGGAUUGUCCGACGCGCGUGUCUUUGGAGUACGAUGUAGUAGUCGAAUGACUCCCUGCUGCGGAAGGCACGCGUCUGUGGUGGGCUGAAUGGUUGCGGCCACGAUUCUUUGCAGUCAAGGCAGAUGGUCUUAUAUGCACAGAUUCAAGCGAACGACAGUGAAGAAGUGAACAGAACCGGCUAGAGGGAGAAUUUAGGCAGCACUCACACAUUGCCAUCAGAAUUGAUCUCUUCCCACGCAUUGUACUUGACACGAAACAGCGUGAAUAGGGGGGGAGUAUGGAGUGAUGGCGUGAUGGCAUGCUAUUUCGUGAAUGCAAAUUGAUCAUCAUUA